AUGGCGGCCUUGAGUUUGGAAGAAGCGAUAGAAAGUGCUCUCGAAAGUUUUCCCAAUAUCGAUUGUUUAAAGGAUGAACAGAAGAAAUGUAUCGCAGCACUGCUACAGAAGAAAGACGUGUUGGGUUUGUUACCAACAGGAUUUGGUAAAAGCUUAAUUUUCCAACUAUAUCCGCGAAUCUUCGAGUUGGUGAACGGCAGGAAAAAUUGUCACGUUGUCAUUGUUAGCGCGUUGAAUGCUAUAACAGAAGAGCAGGUUCAGGAACUUGCCGACAUAGGCAUAUCAGCUGUAGCUGUUGGCGAUAGCCGUGAAACGGAUGAAAAUAUUCUAAAGGGCGAUUACAAGUUGGUGUUUGGUAGUGCAGAAAUGUGGCUGAGGAAGACCUGGAUAAAUAACUUCAAGAAGUCCGCCCUGAGAAACAAUGUGGAGCUCAUUGUCGUAGAUGAAGCUCACGUUGCUCAAAGUUGGUAGGUAUUCGGUAUUUCCUUUUCAUUGUAAUUUCCACCACACAGUAGGCUUAAGUUCAAUAUGCGACAUUGAAAACCUGAGAUGUAUGUACGUCGGUGUCGAUCGAUUGUUAACUUUUUGGUUGUAAUUUGUGGAGAAUAAAUUAUCAGACUUGUUAAGCUAAAGCAUGGUUGCAGUACUGUAAUACACUCGAGUGAUCUUACAACUACUGUUUUCUUUUGUCUGCUUAUGUUUGGUUUAAAAUCAGCCUACCGCUAUGCACUAUUUGACAAAACACUUUACAAUGUAUUAAGCGGAGUAAAGUUGUUUUCAAUAAUAAUAUUAAUAACGAUUUAUUGACAGUAUAUCUACAAAGUAGCUCUACAUCUGCCAUACUACAGUGGAACCUCAAUGUAACGAAGGGCCAAGGGACUGGCACAAUAUGUUCAUUAUAAUAAGGUUCCGUUAUAUCGAGGUUCUUUUUCAUAAAUUCUACUAUUACUGGGGCAAAGAAUUUUUUUUUAUACCGAGGACUUUGUUAUAUAGAGGUUCGUUAUAUCGAGGUUCCACUGUAACUAAAAGAGUAAAAACUAUUUACGUAGUGCUAUAGGUGUAGUGGUGUUAUAUGAGAUUUACAAUAUCUUAUUUUCUUUUUGAUUAAGGGGCCAGGCUACUAACAAGAAAACAGCUUUUAGGAAAGCUUAUGGGGACAUUGCCUCAAUAAGAUCCUUUCUUAAACCAGGAACCCCUUUACUUGCCUUGACGGCCACUGUGGAACAGAGAAGCAGAGAAGCUCUCGUGAAGCUUCUUGGGAUGCCUAAAGCAAGUGUGAUUGAUGUGUCAGUUAACAAUGAAAAUAUACGGUUCUCUGCCAAGGAUGUCAAGAGAGGGCUGAGUUGUUUCAAUUGGCUUGUUGACAAGAUUGGCACUGAACAGGAACAAACUCCAAAGACUAUUGUAUUUUGUAGGAGUAUUAAUGACGUGUCAGUUGUAUUGAGCUACCUACUCAAGAAACUGGGACACCUUGCUUAUAUAGAUGAGAACAAGUCAAAAACUAAAUGUCUACUUGGAGUGUACCACAGCAACAGCCCCGCUGAACUAAAGGAGCGAGUAAGAAAGUCUUUUAAGAAUGAUGAUGGUCCCAUCAGAGUAGUAAUUGCCACCUCUGCACUUAGCCUAGGAGUGAACUUUAAAGACAUAAGAUAUGUCAUACACUAUGGUCCUGCCCCAGAUUUGCGUAGUCAUUUGCAAGAAGCAGGCAGAGCAGGCAGGGAUGGCAAAGAGGCACAUAAUAUCACGUUUUACCAUGGUCAGCAGCUGCGUCUCUGUGACAAAAAAAUUAAAGCUUGCUUCAAAAUAGACACUUGCCUUCGAGUGGCCCUUUUCAAGGAUUUCGUGCGCGACAUAAAAUCUCUCCCAGAAGGGCAUCGCUGCUGCCAUAACUGCCACAGAAUGUGCAAGUGUGGUGGCAACAAAUGCAAUGUUCAGUUGCCAGCAUUUGAAGGAUCUACUUCUGAUCAGGAGAGUAAAUCAGGGAGAACAAGAAGCAUUACUACAGAAGAUGAGAAUGAUUUAAGAUCUGCACUGUUUGAAAUCCAGGAAACACUUAAUCAAAACAUUUCAUUUCCCAUAUUAGGGAAUACUGUUAUGGCACAUGGAUUUUCUGAUGAUGUCAUUGAAGGUAUUGUGAGUGAAGCCAGCCACAUUUUUGAUAUUGAAUAUUUGAUUGAAAAUCAUAACAUUACGUCAAUGCAACUUGCUAGAGACAUUGUAGAAAUAUUUAGUGAACAGUUUGAAGACAUAGACGUUUCUGCUGAUGCAAUGUUUUGUCAAUCCUUUACCCAGGAGCAAAAUUCAUGUACAGCCACAGAUUGUCAUACAGACAUGCGUGAUUUGUUCUGGUGUGACUACUUUGAUUCAUCAGAUGAUUCUGGAGAAGAGGAGGAUUGUCCUGUCAGUGAAGAUGAAUUUGAUAAUUUGCUUUUAACCCUUUGA